GAUAUUCAAAUGCAGUGCUGUAAAUCCUUGUAUACGGAAUACGCAUACUUCAAGAAUGGCAACUAGUAGGUUCAAUAAGAUCCUAAUUGCAAACAGAGGAGAGAUUGCAUGUCGUGUUGUAAGAACUGCUAAAAGAUUAGGAAUAAGAAGUGUAGCAGUGUAUAGCGAAGUGGACAGAUAUUCUAUGCACGUAGAACAAGCUGAUGAAGCAUAUUGUAUCGGUCCUGCCCCUUCUAGCCAGAGUUAUUUAAGGCAGGAUAAAAUUAUAUCCGUAGCAAAGAAGUCAAAGUGUCAGGCCAUACAUCCUGGUUACGGGUUUCUCUCAGAAAAUGCAGAAUUCGCAAAGCUGUGCCACAAGGAAAAUAUUAUAUUUAUUGGGCCUCCAGCGAGUGCGAUAAAAAAUAUGGGAAUUAAAAGCACUUCGAAGAACAUGAUGAUGGAAGCUGGAGUUCCUAUUAUAGCAGGAUAUCAUGGGGACGAUCAGUCUAACAAGACAUUGCUGUUCGAAGCGAAAAAGAUAGGCUUUCCGUUAAUGAUAAAAGCUGUGCGCGGUGGAGGAGGAAAAGGAAUGAGAAUAGUAUUAGAAGAAUCGGGGUUCAUCGAAGCUUUGGAAGGUGCAAGAACCGAGUCCGAAAAGGCGUUCGGUGACUCGACCGUUUUACUCGAACAAUAUGUUAACGAUCCACGUCAUAUCGAAGUACAAGUGUUUGCAGACGAAUACGGAAAUAUCGUUCACAUGUUCGAAAGAGAUUGUUCCGUUCAAAGAAGACAUCAGAAGAUCAUCGAAGAAGCCCCCGCGCCCGGUAUUUCAACAAAUUUAAGGUCGGAUUUAGGCGCAACAGCAGUACGAGCGGCAAAAGCGGUAGGAUACGUUGGCGCUGGUACCGUCGAAUUUAUAAUGGAUCGUAAUCGAAACAGCUUUUAUUUCAUGGAAAUGAAUACGCGUCUUCAAGUAGAACAUCCUAUCACGGAGGCAAUCACGGGGUUGGAUUUGGUCGAGUGGCAGUUGCUAGUUGCGGCCGGAGAAGAACUUCCGUUAAAGCAGACGCAAAUUAGUUUUGAAGGGCAUUCCUUUGAAGCGAGAAUCUACGCUGAGAAUCCAAGGAAAGAUUUCUUACCAGGAGCUGGAAAACUUCGGUACGUGAGAAUUCCAGAAAUCACGGGUGAAACGGUCAGAGUAGAAACUGGAGUCCGUGAGAAGGACCAUGUAUCCGUACAUUAUGACCCGAUGAUCGCAAAAUUGAUCGUCUGGGGAAGAGAUAGAGAAGAAGCAUUAGCUAUACUUAGAUUGAAGUUAAACGAUUAUAACAUAGCAGGACUCGACACCAAUAUAGAAUUCAUCAAAGAUUUAUGCUCCCAUUCUAAUUUUCGGCAAGGCCAAGUACAUACGGGAUUCAUAGAGGAACAUCAUCGAGAAUUAUUUCCGAAAUUACACGUGCCAAACGAAAUCGCGGCGCAGGCUGCCUUAGCUACGAUACUUUACGAGGACACGCAUUCUUUACGAUCUUCUCUCGCAACCAUCGAUCCUUUCAGCCCUUUUGCAACCGAAACCGGCUUGAGAUUCAACCAUCCUUUAACGCGAACCUUCGCUUUCAACGUUUCUAACGUUGACGAUAUCAAAGUUGAAGUAAGGUACAUCGAACCUGAGAUCUAUUCUAUGAGAAUCAACGAAAUUGGCCCUUGGAGAAGAGUAACAGGCACACUAAAAAAGAUACAGAACUCGUUGGAAUUGUCUACCGAAGUCGACGAAAUGAUCGUCAAAGCAAGAAUAACCAGAAUCGGUGACAAAUUACACUUAUUCACCAAAGAUCGCGAAUGGCAGUUCAAUACACCCCCUACAAAAUUUGCCCACGAUCUUACGAAUAGUCAGGUGGAGAAGGAUCCGUGCAAAGCUUUAAGUCCUAUACCAGGUCUUGUAGACAAGUUAUUCGUCUCGAAAGGGGACGUUGUGAAAAUUGGUGACGCUUUGUUCGUGAUUAAUGCUAUGAAGAUGGAACACAUCGUUAGAGCAUCCACAAAUGGUAUAGUCGAAAGCGUAUUGUGUUCGAUAGGUGACAAUGUGCCAAAGAAUAAGAUUCUCAUUAAGCUGGCUGAAUCUAUGUCUGACAACACUAAGAGUGCAAAUUGA